CAGUAAUCAGUGUAGGUUCGCACAUCCCGUGUGUGUUAUAUUUUUUAAAACCUGUUUUGAUUGAAUGUGCACGUUUAUGAAGCACGUUCCGUUUGUUCCGUUGUGAGCUUUCGAUAUUUCAAGGUGGAAAUGAACUCGUCAGAAGUAUCCGGAAGCGGAACUGAACAAGAAUACACGUCUGGUGUCCGGCUGGUAGUGUUAAAUUUACCUGAAGACGAGGGCGAGGGUCUUGGCUUUCGACUCACCAGAACGCUUUGGGAUCCGUAUCCUUGGGUAGGCCAAGUAGCUGGGUUGAUAAGAGGUGACGGAGCUGGCAGGGGAGUAUCAUUACUUGUUUGGAAUUGUGGAGUGAAUCCAAAAGAUGACCCUGAAGUGAUUGCUGUGGAGCUGCGGCGGGGGCGCGCGCGGGGAGCGGGCGCGGCGCGCGCUGGCGGGGGCGCUUGCUGGUCUAGACUCGAGCGAUGUGCGCUGUGCAGAGAACCUCUACCUGCGAAAGAUUCACCGUACGCGAGGAACUUGGUUGCGGAACAGGUUUUUGAAGCAAUAGCCACAGAAUAUGAAAUAAAGAACACAAUUAACAAACAUCGUGAAACUGUAUCGGCUUACAACUCACCUAACAGAUCACCGAACUUAUCCCCAGCUGUGAGCAGAAGAGGGCAGUAUCAACUAUCAAUGAUGAACAGAAAGAAGACUGUCCAAUUCACAGAAAAGGGGCAAUCGUACGGUUCAGAUCCGAAUAUACACAGAUCUUUGAAACAGGAAUCAGUCGGACAGUCACCGAAAACUACUAAUAAUACUCGUGCUUCGGAAUCUGGCAACACUGAAUGUCAGUGCAACACAAAGAAUAGACAAGCGCAGAUACCACAAAUCAAAAUAGAAAAUACAGAAACGGAGUGCGCCAGUAUUAGCAGCGAUUGUUCAUCUAGUUGUCAGAAUGCAAUUCAACAUAAAUUAGUUGCAAGGUUACGCCAAGUGUGCUCGUUAGCCGACUUGCAAAAUAAUCCGGUACAAUCAUGUCAAUUAACUAAGUCGCUAAACAACUUAGGUGAUGGUAAUGUUCUUCAUAAGUCAUUGGAAAAUUUGAAGAAUAGCGGUAAUAAUAAAAAGUUUUUUAUAAAGCUUGCUAAGGGUUUCAUAUAA